GACUCUUAACUAAUCAUCCCCUUUCGGCUUUCACCUUUCCUAUAAAUUAUUGCAUAAAAUCUUAUCAAAGCACUUGGAAAAAAAAAAGCUUUUCUUUCUCUUAUUCUCAUGGAAAUUACUACUUCAAGUGAUUCCAUUCCCUCAAAAAUGAAGGCUUGGGUUUAUUCUCAGCAUGGAAAACCUGUUGAUGUUCUGAAACUGAACUUAGAUGUUAAUGUACCUCAACUGGAAGCAGACCAGGUUCUAAUCAAAGUUGUAGCUGCAGGGCUUAAUCCAGUUGAUUUCCAGAGGAUGCUUGGGAUGUUCAUAGAGACUGAUUCCCCCUUACCUAUUGUUCCAGGAUAUGAUGUUGCUGGUGUGGUGGUGAAAGUAGGCAGCAAAGUAAAAAUUUUUAAGGAAGGAGAUGAAGUAUAUGGGAACAUUAAUGAGAAAGGCUUGGAUCACCCAAAAAGAUUUGGCACUUCAGCUGAAUAUACUGCAGCUGAAGAGAAGCUUUUGGCUCUCAAACCCAAAAAUCUGAGUUUUGUUGAAGCUGCUGCUGUUCCCGUAGUUAUUGGGACUGCCUAUGAAGGCCUUCAAAAAACUGGCUUAUCUGCUGGUCAAUCUAUCCUUGUCUUAGGAGGUGCUGGUGGGGUUGGCACCAUGGUAAUUCAGCUAGCAAAGCAUGUGUUUGGAGCAUCCAAAGUCGCAGCAACCUCGAGCUCAUCAAAACUGGAAUUACUAAGGAGCUUGGGUGCUGAUUUGGCAAUUGAUUACACCAAAGACAACUUUGAAGAUUUCCCAGAAAAAUUUGAUGUAGUGUAUGAUGCAGUUGGGCAAUCUGAAAGGGCAGUGAAGGCAAUCAAAGAAGGUGGGCGGGUUGUGACAAUAAAACCAGUAGGUGCUGUUACUCCACCAGCUUUCAGGUUCAUACUCACUUCAAGUGGAGCUAUGUUGGAGAAAUUGAAUCCUUUCCUCGAAAAUGGGAAGGUGAAGCCUGUCAUUGAUCCAAAAGGCACAUUUCCUUUUUCUCAAAUCCCAGAAGCAUUAUCAUAUCUUCAAACCGGUAGAGUUACUGGAAAAAUUGUCAUUCAUCCAAUUCCAUGAAGAGAAAUGAUGAAUUGGAUCAUGUUUCCAUUGUCACUGUUUUUCCAGAUGAGCAUCCACCGUCAUUUAGUUUAAUGCUAAGUUUGUAAUAAAAAAAAUGGCGGGGCAAUGGAUUGAUGAAAUAUACAGUUAAUUAUGAAAGAAAGAAGAGAUAUCUGUUAAGUUAUUAUGGCUUUCUUCCAA